AUGCCUCACAGAUUUUCCAGCGCCUAUCACGGCAUGCCAAGGCUCAUUCGAGACCAGGACGUCGAUACCGAUCUUCCAUCACGAGUUGAUCACGACCAAGUAUCGCGCGAGAGAGUGGCUUUCCCCCUUCCUGGAGAGCGUACCCAAGUCGAUACCGCACUGUGCAUGUUCAAGCUCGCGGUCAUCGUUGGUAAAGCUUUAGAAAAGCUGUACUCGACCACUCGGCGGCGCGGCGGCGUAACCAAAGUUAACCAACUGCAAGCCGAACUAACCAUGUGGAAACGAAUGCUACCCAUAGACAAGGUAGCCGACCCUGAAGACGACGGUGUGGACCUACCCCCUAUCGCAUCGACAAACACAUUCGAAGUGAUGUUCCUCCGCGCUGCGUUCUACAAUGCCACAGUCCAUGUGCACCGGCCGGCCCUUGCGUUUACAACCGCGGAUCCACAAUUCAAUGCCUCUCUGCUCGCAUGCGGUCGCGCUUCUGCCGAGCUGAUUAGGCUGACUGCUACAAGUGUGUUUGACUCAAACAUCGAUGCGCCACAACAGGGCAUUGAAGCUAUCGCAAUUGUCCACCUCUACCCGAACGGAUUACACAUGCUUUGGCAGGCUGGCUUGACGUUGUUAUUUGCGAGAUGGAAAGGCCAACCAAUCGCAAGCGACGAAGAGGACGAGGACUUGGUCAAGACUUGCGCCGAAACACUGAAACAGCUGCGAGCCGAUGACGCAAGGGGGUAUAUCGCUCAGUGUGCUGAUGUCCUCGAUGUGCUCCGGAAAAAAACAUUCUCUGCCAAAGAUACCCAGCAACCUGUGCUCGACCAACUGCAAUGGAAUGUCUGGGAUUGGCCCAUGGCGUCGGCGUUGGAACUUGCAAACACCCUGGACGCGAUGCCGUUGGAUGUUCAAUUCGAGCCCGGAUUGGGCCUUUAA